UUGUUUGUCAGGCUGCCACAGUUUGCUGUGGGUGAAAGUCCACUGUAGAUUACAAACACACCGCAUUGGGAUUUUUUUUACACCGAACACCAUAUCCCGUCUCUUCAAGGAAUCCCCCCAUUAUUUCAGAUGGAACCUGCAGCAAGGAGAUGACCCAGCUGGUUCAGGCUUCAGCACAGAGCGAGAGAGACUUCCAGUGUCUGUUGGCGUGUGUGGGCUAGAGAGUAUAUAUGUGUGUGUGUGUGUCUGCCGAGAAGAGAGUAGACUGCCUUCCAGCGGUGUGUGUGGGAGCGAUCGUGUUUCUUUGCUUGAGUUGGUGUGAGUGUGUGAGUUCUUUACUCUAAAUAGUAGGAGAAUGGCAGCUCGCUAGUGUGUGUUUAUGUGAAUGCAUGUGCAUGAGUGUGUGUUUUCCCGAGUGAGUGUGUUGUGUUUCCUCCUCUCUGAGGAGUAGUAGGAGGGCAGCUCUCUCCCUCUGGCUGGGUGUGUGUGUGGAGAUGGCAGUGUGUGUGUGUGCUACCCUGCCCGCACUGCUCCUCCUCCUGAGCUACGGUGUGUGUGUGACGGUGGGAUACCCAUUCAGACCCCCCAUAGACCUGGAUGUCACCCCCAGAAUCACCAUAACUACCAGCGGUCUGUUGGGCUGCAGGCGUUUCCAGUCCUCAGUAGUGAACUACAGUACUCUGCUACUAGAGGAGGACAGGGGUCUUCUCUAUGUGGGGGCCCGGGGGGCCGCGUUCUCUCUCAACGCCACAGACAUCUCAGACAGCACAGCUCGCACUAUUGAAUGGGAAGCCUCGGCGGAGCAAAAACAGCAGUGUUUGAGCAAAGGGAAAGACAAUAAGACAGAGUGUUAUAACCACAUCAGGUUUCUCCAGAGAUUUAACUCAACUCAUCUCUACAUGUGUGGGACUUACGCCUUCAGACCUCUCUGUGCAUACAUAGAUGAGGGGAGGUUUAAAGUGUCAUCUGAGUUUGAGGAGGGCCGAGAGAAGUGUCCAUAUGGACCUGCUACAGGCUACACUGGCCUCAUCGUAGACCAGCAGAUGUACACAGCGUCUCAGUAUGAGUUCCGGGGCUCUCCGGACGUCCGACGUAACUUCCCCUCCCCCACAGUGAGGACAGAGGAGGCACCCACACGCUGGUUAGAUGAGGCUGACUUUGUGGGCAGUGCCCUGGUGAGGGAGAGUGAGGGCAGUACCACCGGAGAUGACGAUAAAAUCUACUACUUCUUUACCGAGAAGAGCCAGGAGCAGACACCAUACUACAGCCACAUUAGAGUGGCACGGGUUGGACGAGUCUGUAAGGGAGACCGUGGAGGUCUUCUGACCCUCCAGAAGAGGUGGACAUCGUUCCUGAAGGCCAGACUGGUGUGUUCCCUGCCGGAAUAUGACUUCCACUUCAACGUGUUGAGGAGUGUGUACACGCUGUCGGGGGCCACACCUCACGACACGCUGUUCUACGGCAUCUUUGGACUCGAGUGGAAGAACGUGAAGGCGUCGGCAGUGUGCCAGUUUUCUCUGUCUGAGCUCCAGCGGGCCUUUGAUGGGCCCUACAUAGAGAACCAGGACUCUGGAGCAAAAUGGAGCGAGUUCACUGGCAAGGUCCCUGACCCACGACCUGGAUCAUGUAUAACAGACCAGUUGAGAUCCAGAGGUAUCAACUCCUCCACCUCCCUGCCAGACGACGUGUUGAACUUUGUGAGGAGACACCCUCUGAUGUCCCAGCAAGUCAUGUCUACAGAGCAGCGCCCCCUGUUGUUCAGGAGGACCACCGACUACACCCAGCUGGCGGCUCACAGGGUGGAGGGGCUGGACGGGCAGAACUACCAUGUUCUGUUCAUGGGCACAGACGAUGGCUGGCUGCACAGAGCUGUGGAGGUCAAGGGUCAUCUACACAUCAUAGAGGAGCUUCAGCUGUUUGAUCAACCACAGCCUGUGGAUAGCCUGGUCAUCUCACACACACAGAUGAGUGUGUAUGUAGGUUCUCCCUCUGGUGUGGUCCAGCUACCUCUCUCCACCUGUAGCAGGUACACCUCCUGUUACGACUGUGUCUUCUCCCGGGACCCUUACUGUGGCUGGGAUGGACAGGACUGUGUGGACAUCACAGCACAGACUGACAGGUCUAACCUGAGUCAGGACGUCCUGUAUGGAAACAGAGGAUGUGACAGCGACACAGCAGACGAGCUGGUCCAGCACCGGAGCCGGUCUGUGAUGGUGGGAGAUGACGUGCUGCUCCAGUGUGAACUCGGCUCCAACCUGGCAACCCCAGUGUGGACUCUGAGCGGGUCAGAGCUGCAGGGCUACGGCCUGGACUCCGGCUUCAGAGUGGGAAACGAUGGCCUCCUGGUCAUUGAGUCCCGACCUGAGCAGAGCGGCGAGUACACCUGCCACGCCCUCGAGAACGGCAUCCGGAUCGCCGUGGUUACGUACUCUGUGACAGUUCGUUUAGACAUGCCCCAACCCCAACCCCCUCCCCCGCCCAUGGACCCCACCAAGGAAGACUACUCCUACUACACCCCCUGGGACUCUGACUCAUCCACCCUUGACCCCCCUCCACCCAGCACACCCCCCUCCUCAGAGAGGCCCCUGCUACCCCCUCCCCCGGCCCAUCUCCCCCCCACCUCGGAGCUGCUCUCCCCCAGGAGCAUGGAGGCUAUGUACCUGUCCAUGAUCACCAUCCUGGGGGGUCUGUGUCUGGUUCUCACCGUGGUUCUCCUCUACGUGGGCUUCUGUCUUCGGGGCGGCCACAGGGGGAAGUACUCUCUCCGCGCUGCCGCCGCCGCCUCUGCCAAUCACGCGGACAGGAAGAAAAAACACAGGAAGCAGCAUCAGAAACGGCACAGUAGCUCCGCCCACCUAGAGCUCAAGACCAUCUCCAGCCACUGUAAUGGGAAUGGGAUCUGUAAAAGUAACGGUGUCUCCAAACAACCGGGGGAUGGUGACACGCAUGAAGGGGGCUUCCUCCAGAUCGUCCCUGGGGAGGGCCAGUCGUCCCCCAACAAGGACCCCCCACCCCCUGCCCCUCCUCUCCCCCCGCCUCCUCAGACCCCCCACACCGCCCUCAACCAAUCAGAGUGUGACUUGCAAGACUUCCCCAGCCACAACGGCCUAUCGGCGACGUUACCCAGUGUCUUGCGGAGGAUGCACGGUAACAGCUACGUGUUGUUAAGACAGAGUGAAGCAGACAGCAGCUCUCCUCUCUGCUACUCCUUCACUGAGGAACUCAACAGGAUCCUAGAGAAGAGGAAGCACACACAGCUGCUGCCCAAACCGGACGAGAGCUCUGUGUAGUAGAGGGAAUCUGUGUAUGGGAGGUAGCUCCCCCUGAGGUGGGAGGACUGAACUGGGACAUUAAUAUAGGCCAUUUAGCAGAUCCAAAGCGACUUACAUCAGUGAGUACAUACAUUUUGUAUUGGUGGCCCCAGCGACAAUUGAACCUAUGACUCGGUCAUUACAUGCUGAAGGGCCUGUUGUAAGGCUCUGACUUUAUCUCUUUCUCCACGUCAAGAACAGUAAUACUCAUCGGGAGGAACUUGAGAAACUGGCCCCAAACCGAGGUGUGUAGAGAUCAUUUGUGGAUGACCCAUGCUGCUCACAGAGUAAAUGGGCUCUAGGCAAGUCUAUAUAACAGCAGCUAGCCUGAACUGAAUUAUGAGAGAGGGAGAUAGCCUGCCAUUUGUCCUACUUAAAGGCCCAGUGCAGUCAAAAUGCUUUUUACCUGUGUUUUGUAUAAUAUUGUACAACAGUUGAUGAAACUAACACUGUAAAAGUGUGACAUUUUUUAAUCAGUGUUAUUUCCUGAUAUUUGCUAGUUGGAAAUACAGUCGUCUAAUCAACCUGUUUGCAUUGGCGGGAGUUUCGGCCUGCCUGGUGACAUCACCAGGCGGUAAAUUAGUUAAUAGACCAAUAACAAAGAGAGUUUCUAACCUCUCUGCCAAUAACAGCUAGUUUUAAGUUUUCCCCUCCCCACACAGACCACUCCCAGACAGUCCUAACAAAAGUCUUGCUUGAAAAAUGGUUAUUUGCUAAAAAAGCAGUUUUUGUCCAUUUUAAGGUAAGGUACUUAAUUGUUACCUAGAAAUGAUUGGAUAUUGAUAUAAAAACGGCUGCAAUGGGCCUUUUUUAAAGUUUUUGCACCACUGAAAAUGGGCACACAUCUAAUGAGUCGCUUGCAUGUGUGUUGGAAUAACAACUAUGUUUCAAAAGAGGAGAUUUCUGCACAAUAUUCAACCUUCCUAGGAGCUAUUCUUGUAUCGCUUUCUCCUGUUUGACACCCAAAGCCAUGGGUUACAGUGAGGACUCACAUAAGAUAAGCCUGCCUAGAAGAGACAGAGAGAACCUACCUCAACUCUGCAAAACUUAGCAGGCUAGAGCUAACCCAGAUCAAGUCAAUACGGCUCAGUCUGGAUCAAUAAAAGACUAGCCCUGGAGGGGGUGAUUCAGGGAGCAGGCCUCAGAUCUCAGCCCCAGAAUAAGGUUCCUCGCUGGGCAGGACACAAGUGGCAGGGACACUGUGAAGUCUCAACACAGACCAUGGUAACAAGGAGGAAAAGGAGGAAGAAGAAGAGGCUCAUGGGAUUAUGAAGUUGUUGUGAAUUGUGACAAUGGCCUUGAAUUGACUUGUGUUUUAAAAUGGAGGCAGAUGUGGGGACAAGAUGGAGGGACAAGAUGUGUUUUAAGAUGGUGUGCUCUACACCUUUUUAGCAGGUUUCAUAUUAGAACAUUGAGGGGAAAAGUGUAUUUGUUUUUAUUCUUAGAAGUUCUCAUUGUAAAUUAUCUUUAUUGAUUACAAUGGUAACACAAAAUGUAAUAACCACAUUCAAGUAUUAUUAUUAACAUAUAGCAACGUUUAACCCAAGACAGAGUAUCCAAUGAAAAUACCCUUUGAACAUUAUAUUUGUGAUAGGAAAUAUGACAGUAUUAACAGUUUUUAUGCAAUUUCAAUGCCAUUUGCUUCAGACAUUCAUUGGUUAUUAUGUACUCAAAUCAAUGGACACUACAAGCACAUCAGGACUAUGGGAGAUUCAACAUCAUCACACCCUGUCAAGAGACCACACCAUCAACUGAGUUGGAGCUAAUGGAGUAGCAGCACCCCUACACUACUGACUCUCUUUCUCCUAACCAACUCCAACUAAUGUGUCUGAACUGGGGUUGGCAAAAUUCCCAGUUCUGAACUCUACCAUGACAUCACAGCUCAGCCACAGAGGAUCAGACAUCACUUCCGGUUCAUGGCCAUAACAACUUAUAGGCUACACACCUGAGACCUGAGAGAUGCCAUCUAGUUUGGGGCCUGUCUGUUUCAAAUAGAUCUUGCUCCAGCCAUUCUCAAAUAUGGUGUGAUGUCUCCAUGACAUGAAGAUCUUGCCAACUGGGAAUAGUGUAGCUUCAAAAUGUCACUAUAACGUCACCGUUUGGAAUCAAACACAGCUCUAGUGCAAUUGGAAGACAGAGUGAGUGAGGAAAAAGUCAAAUCCUCCCUUCUACAACCACUUCACUGCUCUAUCCCAUCUUAACCUGAGAACUGGAGUUGACAUGGAUACCUCAGUAAGUAAUAUAGGUCAUGGUACAGUACAACUACUCUCUGCAACCUGACCUGUGCUGUUCACCACAAGAUACAGGAGCAAACUGGGGAAAGUGGCAUUUAAUGGUCCUGGUCUUCACCUCAAACUACUCUGCCCUCUCUAUAGCCCUCUCUGUAAAGAUGACAAACUAUCAUAACAUGGAUGCUUACUAAUAGGAUGGGGGACCAUCAUAAACUGUUGUCAGGUUCUAAAAGGACUGCACUAUUAGUGCCACUAUGUUCUUUGAAGAAAAACAUUUAUAUUGUGAUUUUGUACCAAGUUGCUCUUCUAUUGCCGUUGUUGUUUUAAAGCCAUUUGUAAGAGGCUCUGAUGUGGGUCUCAGUCCAUUAGUGUUGCACAAGUAGUCUAAUAACACUGUUGAACAGGGGUCUCCAACUCUGGUCCUGGAGAUUUAUGAGUAGUGUAGGCUUUCGUUCCAGCCCAGCGCCAACACAGCUGAUGCAACUUAUUAUGGUCCAGAGUCAGACUGAAGACCAUGAUGAAUUGAUUUUGUUUAGUAGGUAUGUUAGUGAUGGAUUGAAGAAAAACCCUGCACAUCCAGAUGCUCUCCAUGGCCAGGGUUUGGGGAAACCUGUUGUAGAAGCAUGGUAGGUUAGCCAACAGCAUGAUGAACAGAAUAUACCACCGUAGCUAUAAGGCUUAAAUUCCUAAAUAAUAAAAUGUGACAGAUGAUUCAUGUGGGUUUGUUUAGAUAGUUUCUCACGGGUUGUUAAGCAACAUCCACAGCAUUCUGUAUUUCUCUCUCUCUCGCUCCAUAUACUGUAUCUACCAAUGGUUUCUGUCUGUCUUUCUAUCUCUCUCGCUUUGUCUCACACACUCUCUUGCUUUAUACAGUAUCUCUACCCCUUUCUCUGUCUGCCUGUCUCUCUCUCCUUAUUUUUCUCCCUCCUACAUAUUUAUGUCACAUUGAGUAAUAUGUCCAGUGCAGACACAACAAGAUGUCCUCCUGCUUCACUAACACAUUGAGUAGCAGCUCACUGACUUCUGGUUCGUUUACAUUUCAUUUUGAUGAGCUGAAAUUCUAAUAAACAAUAUGUUUCAACCUC